UCGUCAGCACUGAGAGUGGCUGUGGUGUGCUCAAACAACCAGAAUCGGAGCAUGGAGGCACACAACGUCCUCAGCAAACGAGGAUUCAAUGUCCGGUCCUUUGGAACAGCAACUCACGUGAGGCUUCCAGGAUCAACACCCCACAAGCCGAAUGUUUAUGAUUUCAGUACCACAUAUGAUCAGAUGUACAAUGAUCUUCUUAAGAAAGACAAACAACUCUAUACAAGGAAUGGCAUUUUGUAUAUGCUGGACAGAAAUAAAAGAAUCAAGCCCCGUCCAGAAAGGUUCCAGAGCUGCAACGAUGUGUUUGAUCUGAUCGUCACGUGUGAAGAGAGAGUCUACGACCAGGUGGUAGAACAUCUGACUUUCAGAGAACAGGAGACCUGCCAGCCAGUGCACGUGGUCAACGUGGACAUCCAGGACAACCAAGAAGAGGCCACCCUUGGAGCGUUCCUCAUCUGUGAGAUCUGCCAGUGUCUUCAGCUCGAGGAGGACAUGGACAACAAGAUGGAGGAGCUGCUGCGGGACUUGGAGAAGAAGAACGGCAAGACCUUUCUGCACACCGUGUGCUUCUACUGAUGCUGCUGGCCACUCGUGGCUCAGCCUCCUGAAGGUGAAAAUACAUAGAAGGUGCCAUCAUGAGGAACAACCCUUACCAGACACCAAAUCUGCUGGUACCUUCAUCUGGGACUUCUAGCUUCCAGAACUUUGCAGUUAUAUCUAAGAAGCCAUUGCCUACUACAACAUCACGAAGACUCAGAACUACGUUUUCUUCUAAGAAUUUUCACUUUUACAUU